AUGUCGCAAAUCCAUUUAUUUAUUUCAUUCUUUAAAAUUAUUUUGGUUGUUCAUUCAUGUAAUCCCUAUAUUUAUUUCUCUGUCAUUUUGCAAUUAUUGUUCAAUAUGAGAGUGAGCAGUUGUCACAUUUGGUUGAUGAUAAUCGUAUCAUGGCUAACAUUGUCUUCUAGUGAUGAAAUUGAAUCGAUUCAUCUUAAAACGCCUUCAUUAGAUAGAAAAAUUUAUGAGGUGCGCACAAUGGUUGUAACAAACAGUAGUGAAGGAACUGGUGAAAAUAAAGUAUUUAUUCAACGUACUAACAAAAAGUUAAAAAAAAUAUCUGUGAGUAUUUUGAAUGCCACAUUUGGUUGA